GGGGAGGUAGGCAUCUGAAACUUGUUUUCCUCUCGUGUUCGCGAGCUCUGACAGCCGUCCCAGCUUUCUCUUCCCUUUCACUUCGUAGUAAAAUUCACAGACCAACCCCCAAAAACCCAAACUUGAACUCUCUGAUUUCUUCCCUCAUACAUUCAUUAUGUCUUAUAAUGUGUUCAGUUGAUCAAAUCCCUCAACUUCCAUCCCCAACAAAAUCAUAAUGGUUGAGGAAUAUCCUUCACCUUGGAUCGAUUGUUACUUUUUCAUCCCUCAACUUCCAUCUCCCACUUUUCCACUCCAUCUGACAUCAUCGUUACUUUUUCACUAUUAAAUCUCACACUUCUUCUCUCACGUCCCAUUCCCCAAUUUUAUUUUAUUUUUUCCCUAUGUCAACCGGCUCUCCCUCCCUCACGUCCCGCUCCCUCAUUUUCCCUCUUCCAUUCCCUCUUUCCACUCAUCUUCCUCGCAUCUCUACUAUCUGCCUCCGGUAAGGGAAAUGACCUCUCUCCAGAAAAAGAAAAUAAAAAGAGAAAGAGGAAGAAAAUGAAGAUAGAAAGAGAAAGAAGGAAGAAAAUGUAGAGAAAUCUUGGAUUUGGAUACUUGAUGUUGAAGCAGAGGAUGAUACUGCUGCUUGUGCUGGGCAUUUUGCAUCCAAAGUCCCAAACUCUAACCCUACCCCACCAAACCCUAACCCUACCCCAGCAAUCAGAUGAGCGCCUUUCAUCGGUUCUCUUCUUCACCGGAAAAUAUUGCCGGACUAGCUCUAAAGGGAUACAUCCAUUAUUUCUGGAUUUAUGCAACAAGUGUAAACAUAUGACAGUGUAUGUUUUUCCCCUGCCAGCAAAAUGCCUAGGAGGACCAGCACAAACAGCAUCUCGCAUCCUCUGCUGCAACAUCAAGAAUCCAAGAUGAAUUGUUGGUUAUUGACUGGUGAUUUGGGCGUUUUUCACUUGUUUAAAAUCCUUCAGGAGUUUGGAUGUUCAGCUUGCAUGGCAGCUAGUGAUGCUUCAUCAAGUAAUCAAAGAAGUUGUGGUUAGUAGAUUAUAGAAGAUUUUGUUACCUAUCACAUUUUCAAUUAAAACCGAGAGACGAGGGAUGCACAAGGAUUUGCUGGUUAGUAGAUUCAUUGACCAUGUAUGAUAUUGAAUGUAUCCGAGUUUUGUUUUGAAUUUUUCCUUUUGUUUCUGAUGAUUGAACCAGAUAAAAUUUUGUCAAUGAAAAAUUGAAUUGCAUUUGUAUUUCA